CGAUAGAGACUCAGACCGCGACAGCCUCUUAAACUCUGAUCUCGAUCGGCUAAAAGCAAGGCUUCGAGUCAAAAUGCAACAGCUGAAAGGAGACUCCCACCAGAGCCGAGUCGCGAGCACGGAUUAUACCAAGAGCGAAAGUGAUCGUGAAGAUCCAGCAAAUACGAGCAUCAACGACAAGUCGGCUGACAGCGGCAGCGCUGAUGCACUUUUUCUAGAUGAAGACUCAUCCAGAGCCAG